ACUCUCGUCACGUGACCCGGAACCCGCCGUUCCCCCCGCGUCCCUCACGCCAGCCGGCCCGCGCGUCCCCGCGCACGUGGGGCGAGCACAGGCGGGGACGAGGGAGACGUCACGUGAUUGCUCCGGGGUCACGUGAGGGGAGGGCAGGCGGCCGAGGAAGAUGGCGGGGUGCGGGGCCCCCUGGUGGUGCUGCUGCUGCUGCCCGUGCUGCGGGGAGAGGGAGAGCCGCACCCCAGAGGAGCUGACUAUACUCGGGGAAACCCAGGAAGAAGAUGACGAAAUUCUUCCACGCAAGGACUAUGAGAGCUUGGAUUAUGACCGAUGUAUCAAUGACCCCUACUUGGAAGUACUGGAAAGCAUGGACAACAAGAAAGGCCGGCGGUAUGAAGCGGUGAAGUGGGUGAUGGUUUUCGCCAUUGGAGUCUGCACUGGACUGGUGGGUCUAUUUGUGGAUUUCUUUGUGCGACUCUUUUCCCAACUCAAAUUCCAUGUGGUACAAACCUCGGUGGAGGAGUGCAGCGAGAAGGGCUGCCUUGCCAUGUCUCUGCUGGAGCUGCUGGGGUUUAACCUGACCUUCAUCUUCCUUGCCAGCCUUCUUGUCCUGAUCGAGCCUGUGGCAGCUGGCUCUGGAAUUCCGGAGAUUAAAUGUUACCUGAACGGAGUGAAGGUGCCAGGGAUAGUCCGUCUCCGGACACUGGUGUGCAAAGCUCUGGGAGUGCUCUUCAGCGUAGCUGGAGGUCUCUUUGUAGGGAAGGAGGGCCCCAUGAUACACAGUGGCGCUAUUGUGGGAGCUGGUUUGCCUCAGUUUCAGAGCAUCUCCUUUAGGAAGAUCCAGUUUAACUUUCCCUAUUUCCGAAGUGACAGGGACAAAAGGGACUUUGUAUCUGCAGGGGCCGCUGCGGGGGUUGCUGCAGCCUUUGGGGCCCCAAUCGGGGGCACUCUGUUCAGCUUGGAAGAAGGUUCCUCCUUCUGGAACCAGGGGCUCACGUGGAAAGUGCUCUUUUGUUCCAUGGCUGCCACCUUCACCCUGAACUUCUUCCGCUCUGGGAUUCAGUUCGGAAGUUGGGGAUCUUUCCAGCUACCUGGGCUGCUAAACUUUGGGGAGUUCAAGUGUUCUGACUCUGAUAAAAAAUGCCACCUCUGGACGGCCAUGGACUUGGGGUUCUUCAUUAUGAUGGGGAUUGUAGGAGGCCUUCUUGGAGCCACCUUCAACUGCCUGAAUAAGAGGCUGGCGAAAUACCGUAUGCGGAACGUACAUCCAAAGCCGAAGCUAGUCAGAGUCUUGGAGAGCCUGCUGGUGUGUCUAACAACCACUGUUGUGGUGUUCGUAGCAUCCAUGAUUCUAGGAGAAUGCCGGCAGAUGUCUUCCACCAACCCUAGUGGCAACAGCACUCUGAGCCUUCAGAGCUCUUCAUCGGAGGAUGUGAAUUCAAGCAUCAAGACUUUCUUUUGCCCUAAUGAAACCUACAAUGACAUGGCAACGCUCUUCUUCAACCCCCAGGAGUCAGCCAUCCUGCAGCUCUUCCACCAGGAUGGUACUUUCAGCCCAGUCACACUCUCCCUGUUCUUCCUUCUCUAUUUCUUACUCUCCUGCUGGACGUAUGGGAGCUCUGUGCCCAGUGGUCUCUUUGUACCGUCGCUACUUUGUGGGGCUGCCUUUGGACGCCUGGUCGCCAACCUCCUCAAAAGCUACAUUGGGCUGGACCACAUCUACUCGGGGACCUUUGCGCUGAUUGGUGCGGCGGCGUUCCUGGGAGGCGUGGUCCGCAUGACGAUUAGCCUCACUGUUAUCCUGAUAGAAUCCACCAAUGAGAUCACGUACGGGCUUCCGAUAAUGAUCACCCUGAUGGUAGCCAAAUGGACAGGAGAUUUCUUUAACAAGGGCAUCUAUGAUAUCCAUGUGACCCUGCGAGGGGUGCCGCUGCUGGAGUGGGAGACGGAGGUGGAAAUGGACAAGCUGAGAGCCAGUGAUAUCAUGGAGCCCAACCUGACAUACGUGUAUCCCCACACCCGGAUCCAGUCGUUGGUCAGUAUCCUGCGCACGACAGUCCAUCACGCCUUCCCUGUGGUGACGGAGAACCGGGGGAACGAGAAGGAGUUCAUGAAGGGGAAUCAGCUGAUCAGCAACAACAUUAGAUUCAAGAAAUCCAGCAUCCUCACCAGAGCUGGAGAGCAGCGCAAGCGGAGCCAGUCGAUGAAAUCUUACCCCUCAAGCGAGCUGCGCAACAUGUGUGAUGAGCACAUCGCACCAGAGGAGCCGCCUGAGAAGGAGGAUCUGCUGCAGCAGAUGCUGGAGAGACGAUACACUCCCUACCCCAACCUGUACCCAGACCAGUCUCCCAGUGAAGAGUGGACCAUGGAGGAACGCUUCCGACCUCUGACGUUCCAUGGCCUGAUCUUACGCUCGCAGCUGGUUACCCUGCUCAUCCGAGGAGUCUGUUACUCUGAGAGUCAGUCGAGCACCAGCCAGCCUCGACUGUCGUAUGCUGAGAUGGCUGAGGAUUACCCCCGUUACCCUGAUAUUCAUGACCUGGACCUCACACUGCUGAACCCCCGCAUGAUAGUGGACGUCACCCCUUACAUGAACCCAUCUCCCUUCACGGUCUCCCCUAACACCCAUGCCUCGCAAGUCUUCAACCUGUUUAGGACAAUGGGGCUCAGGCAUUUACCAGUGGUGAAUGCGGUGGGAGAGGUCAGCCAGAAGAAACACUACUGCCUCCUCUCCUCCACCAAGGCCGUGUCUCCUAACAUGAGUCGGUGAGACUGACUUGUAUGGUUUCUUCUCUCCCCUCACCAGAUUGUUGGAAUAAUAACUCGGCACAACCUGACUCAUGAAUUUCUGCAGGCAAGACUGAGACAGCACUACCAAACCAUCUGAGCCUGCUGUCGGUAUGGCUCCCUCCUUCCUCCAAGCCUGCACAUGCCCUCGCUUUCUGCUUGGAUGCCCCAUGACGAAGGACACGACGGUUGGCUUCUCUCCCACGCAGUCUGGGGAUCAGAGAACAUCUUGCUGGCAGAGAGUAGAGGAGCUAUCUGAGUCCAGAGCUUCUGGCCAGCCCCAGAGAGGUGCUGCUUUGACUGCUCUUGGCCAGAACGCUCUCUUCUCUCCUGCUGUCUCCUUUCAUCAGAAGUUGCUCUGAUGCUGCUCUUCCUAUAGAAAUGCGUGCAGUUUGGAAGGUAACAAUAACGCCAGCUACGCUAUGUCCCAUGUGGAGGAGUGCAGCAGAUUUCCCCUCCCUUCUCUUGUUGAUUUCUUCUCCCUUCCCAGUUCUGCUGAAGUAGUUGCCUUACUUGCACGAGAAGGGGUCAUUGUCAAAGCUGACAUCACCCCCUGCAAUUUGCUAAUAUUCUCAAACACUAAAUUGCUGUUUUUUCUCAGUGGCAUUAAAACUACACCUCCUUGGGGGGCGUGGGGAAUUUUCCGCCAUCAGGAACUCUUAAUUGUCCAGGUUUUUCGCUCUCUGGCUUCAUGUUUUUCAGUUCAGUUCUUAAAGCUCCUAAUUUCUUAAUAUCCUUCGGUGCUAGAAUCGCUGCUAUGGAUUAGUCUGACCGCAGCUGGCUGCUGAGAGCAUCUGGGCAAGUCAAGAAUCCAAAACGGUUUGGUUCUAAUUACUGUUCUGGAUUAGAAACCCUUAAUGCCCCCACAAAACAACUUGGAAGAGGAGAAAUCUCGUCAACUUCAUUAGCUGUUGCCAGUGAUUCCCUUUAGAAGAGAAGCCUUUUAUAAGGCACUCUUGUCCCUUCCUUGUAAUGCUAUGUUGCAUCUCUUUGGAGCAUUACAUAGUGCCCUCCUGUAGAGAUCCAGUGAUAAGAGCCUGGUUUCACUCGGGUUCUGGAUUCCAGGGCCAUCUUUACAGUCGGGGCAGUGGAGAUGGAGGAAAUCUCUUUUUUCAGCCCGGCAAGCCCCAAGCUCAAUAUGGGGAAGAGCAUGAGCGUUGCUCCACCAGCUCAAAUUCAGCAGCUACAGCAGCAGUGUUGGCUUAUGUCGGCUUCACGGAAAGAGAAAGUGCGAUUCAUGCUGCGGCCAGCCAGAAGGGGCUCUGGGAGGUUGAGACUGCCAGCCAGCGCGCCGUGGAGCGGUUAGUGGAAGGGCUUUCGGCAGCUCUAAGAGCACUUGGGAUGUUUGUUGCAACCGCAGAAUCACCUGCAGGGUAAAGUCAGCAUUUAGGAGCCAGUCACAGCCAGUCUGGUGCUCUGGCAGGUACCAUCCUGGCAGCACCUGUGUCGUUCCAGCAGGCUCCUGCCCAUGUGGAUUUUGCAGUCAGAUAACUGUGGGAAGCCAGCUUCAUGCCUUCAGGGGCUACACAACUGAUUGGCUUGAUAAAGCACAGAGCAUUCUUGCUUCCCCUGAGACAGGCCCAGCUAACCUGUGGAAUGCAUCCCAGGAAAGGUUCCCCACAGCCCUCUUACCAGCCCUUCGGUUAACCUGUUCCACGCCAUACCGGGCUUUAGCUAGCCGUGAAAGGAGCUGCUGUUUUAGGAGUCUGUUUUAUUUUAAAACUGAGCCAUCUUGAGGGCUCUUCCUUCCAAACAUAGAGGGAUUGCAAAACCUGUGUUUUCACAUGUCCGUUGCAGAGUCCGUGAACUGCAAGCUGAGUUUGUCUGGAGACGCUGUGUGUUCCCAUGCUGGGCUGUGGCAGAAGUUGCUGUGCUCUGACUUCUCUAAGGUAACAGGUAGUGUGCACAGAACACAAGUGCUGUGCACUGUACCCUUUAUUAAGCAAGUCUCUCUUGGGAAUUGGUGAAGCUUUCCCCUGCAGCCCAGGUUGCGAGUGGCUGAGUUGGUAUAGGGAGAUCCGGUUUCUGGGGGUAUCUACACCAUACAAAGAACCAGAUCAUAGGAGUUUGUAUUGUAGAUAGGAGAUAACUCCUAUCUUACCUGCAUUACAGCCUGUAACCAGCCAAAGGACGAAAGAAGGUCCCCUGACUCCAUUCUGACAUAUAUAUAGCGGAGAAUGGUGCCCCAGCGUGUAGGGUAGGGCUCAGCAGCAUAUUGGUUUAUUCACUUUGGAGAUUUUCUUUAGUCACUUCCAACGAAAUUUCGCAAACCCUUCCCUGGAUCUCGUCUUUCCCUUUCUUUACCCCUCUCUUACAAGACUGGCAGCAGACUUCCUGGGAAACCCUGUUCCUCCCUGAGUCUGGAGCAGAGGACUUGGCCCUCCUUGCAUAUCCUGCUAAGUGGAGAGGGAGGAGCCUUGCUACAUGUAGUGCAAAACUUCCCUUCAGCAAGUGACUUUCACCCUCCUGGGUCCAUCUAGUUAUAGCAAGUACCAUCCAAGUUCUGCAUUCCAGCCUGGGUGGCAUCCUGUGUGACCAGCAUGCAUGGAACACGUUCCUCACACCUUCCCCCCAGCUUGCAUCAGCUGUUCAGUCUCCUCCACCAUUCCAAAUAGCAUGUGUGCUCAGGAGAACCUUCCAGGGUAGCCUGAAUGGUGGGUGUUGAUCCUUCAGCUCCCCAGAGCGAAGUAAAGGCAUCUUCCUAGGGCCAGCACCUAUCUUGUACUCCUUUCACUUGGGCUCCAUAGCUGUGGUGGGAGUGGCACCCUUUCACUUCUCCGAGCCCAUCUGAAAGAUGGCUCAGUCUCAGCUGCCCAUGCAGUUCUUCAGGGAGAUCUUUGGUUAACGGAGUCUAAAUGACUGUCAAGUGGGUUGACUUUGGCUUGUGCUUUUGACUUUUAGGGGGUGCCUUGCUCUACCUAAAUGGACUAAGGGUCUUCAGCCUGUUUCACCCAUAUCUAGAGCGGGCUUGUCAGUAACUCACUUUCCCUAUGCUUUGGGGCAGGAGGAGCAUUGGUUUCCAUGGCUGGAAAGAGACUGAACUGGUCCAAGAAACUCCAGGACAUAUCCCCUCCCCCAUUCUCCCCCAAGAUGAACUGGAAGUUUGAAAUAUACUUGUGUUACACUAGCUUCCAUUCCAAAGGGUUCUGUCACCUGGACGGUCCCAACAUGCAGUAAAACAAUCGCACUUCAUUAGGGUUACCUUAGAGUUCAGGCAUUUAAGGCACAAACCACAAGAUGCAGCAGCCAUGUACUCCCUGUAUCUCUUCAGAAGCCCAGUGAGAGAUCCAGUCCCUCCCCCUCCUCUAAGUUGCUAUGUGAGAGUUCACUUACCUCCCCCCACCCACUAAAAUAGGGCUUGUUAACUCUGUGUCAGUUUGCCUUUGCCUGUCACUCAUUCAAUACAUGAGUUGUGGCAGUAUAUUUUGCCACACCAUAUCUUGGCCUCAUUAAUGAGUCAUGGAGCUGGGAGCCCCAGGCAAGCCGAGCUGAAACAUCUUGCUCAGGUAUGUCUGGGCACUAGCCAUGCCUUACCUUGCAAAGGCUGCCGGACUCCACCCCGUGCUCAGCAGCAUCUGCUCUGCCUAAGCAUCCAUCUUACUAAAAACCCAGAGCUUGAGGAAAGCACUUCCUUUCACUGCUGCAGCCAGGAGAACAUAACUGGCCACUGUGGCACUUUGCCAGCCGCUUUAAAGGGAAAUCUACAAAUGGAUUCACCAGGUGUGCUCAACAGUAUUGCAUAUGGCCCAGAGCAGGGCAAGUUCCUCUUUCGGAAAUGAAGGGGUUCAUGGAUCCUCUUCUCUGAGUGGGGUUCUGAGAUACAACACAGCCAGGGGCUCUCGCGUGUGCCACGUAGGAGGGGUGCAAAGGAUCCUGGAUCCUCUUCUCAGCCAAGACUGCUCAGACAGCCCGCCACUGAACUCCCUUCUCGCAAACCUUAACUGCUUCUGGUCUGGCACUGAUUGCUAAACAGCUGACAAAGAAACUAUACAGGUGUCUGUAAUUCUUAUCAGAGUAAAACUAAGGGAGAGAGUCCACAUAGUGGAUCAGUAUUGAUGGCAAAAGCUCAGGAUAGUAGAGGGGGCUGUCUCCUGCUUCCUGGGUUCUUGUACAGUGUUAAUGCCGGGUAGCAAAUCUUAACUCCUCUGUACUAUGAGCCAUGCCGGGGCAGUCACUUAUUUUUUUGUUUUGUUUUUUGCACUGUUUUGUUAUGAGAUGAUGUAAGCUAAUUCCACGGUGUAUAUAAACUGUAUUUUUGUUAAAUUUGUAUGAAUAUAUUUUUUAUUUGAACUUUGGCACUUGGGAUGUCGUCCUGUAACCAUAACAUGUCUGAGAGUAAAAUGUCGUCAUGUGUCCUUCUGCACCUGCUGGGCUCUGUGAUCUUCCUCCUCGUUGUAUGGUUUGUUUAAAUUUUUAUUUGACUUUUCUCAUCCCCAUAAUAAAAAUGGUCCAACAGCC